AUGCACUUCGCUGAAAGCUCCUACGUCAUUUUCUCUGAAGGCGAUGAGUUCACGACCGAUGCUAAGCCCCGACUUCGAUUACAGCCCGAGACAUGGGUGAUCACCGCGAAACUCGGGGAGUACUCUCUCCGCAUGUACCAGAAGGACAUCGAGGAGAAAUUGGGUCCAGGUUUUGCUUUUGCAAAGUACCUCUGCUUUCGCAAGGGUGAUCAGUCUCGAAAACAGGAAUUCAUGCGUAUUUACCAACAGAUUCCUACUGUGGAGACCGAGUACGGGCGCUUUGAAACCAGAGCUGAACAAGCAGUACCUCCGAUCGAUCUUCCUGAGUUGAAGGCAUUUGUGGAAUUGACGAUGCUUUCGUGUCCUGUGGUUCCUCGGCUCCUCGGCUACCAAGAAGGAACGCAAGGCAAGGACGGCCGUGUCCCUGGGGGUUUCUUGGUUUCGGUAGUUUGGGAGAAGGUUCCGGGGGAACCUUUGUCUCAAGGAUAUUUCUGGAGUCUUGAAUUUGAGCACCGUGAAGCUAUUCGACAAGAGUUUCGUCGCGUUUAUGAACAGCUUGUGCGAUGCGGCAUCCGGCCGUGUAUCGCAACUUUAUCAAAGCUCAUCUAUGACCAGUCCUCUGGAAAGAUAUCAGCUGCCCGCAUCAAUCCUGAUACUGGAUGGUCGAACACGAAUUUCCCCAAGUAUGGACUUGCAGAAUUGCCUCCACGGCAAGACUGGCAGCUUCACGAGAGUGAAUGGAAGUACUGA